UUAUUAGUUUUUACAGUCGCCUCUAUUCAUAUCGCACCUUCGGUGCAACAAAGUCACAAAUAGCCAAAUCUGCAAAAUCGAACUAAGUAUGCCAAACUGUUUCUGAAUCAUGCCUUUACUUGGGGCAACAAAAACAUCCGCGGAGGUAUCUCAAAAUUCUACUAGAUGGCGCGAGUGCCUUUGUGGUUAUUGGCGGUUUUUCCAUGCGCUUUGGGCCGACAACGCUUCAUUGGACAGUAGUGCCCCCGCGCCCGCGAGUGUUUGACGUACGUUGGAGCUACAGCCACACAAAGAGAGCAAUGGGUUCCCGAAGUAAAAAAAUUCUUUCUAUGGUUCCCAUUCCCGACAAUAAUUUAAAGAAAAACAAUACAUUCGUUGAAAACUGGUUAGCGAACUGUCAUCCGGAAGAUCAGGACAAUGAUCAUGAUUCCAAGUUAGAAUCCUCUCGUUUUUCCGUAAAUAAUAUCACCAGUACUUCCUGCGAAGCAAAAAAUGAACUGUCAGCUACUGACAGGAGCACAGUAUGUGAUAAUGCCGUGGAUACAGUAAUUCAAGAAGUAAAUGCUGAUUUAAUUUUACUAAAUACCGUAACAGAGAAUGUCACAUCGAAAGAUAUUGAAAACGCAGUCAUUACUACAGAUAGCAAAACAUUUAACCUUUCUGAUGAUGAAGAAAUAGUUUCAUCCAAUGUUGUUAUCGCAGAUGUAGUGCCAGAAACCACAUUAGCAAAAAGUAUGCUAAGGCCAGAUACUGUCUCGAAUGAAAUGAACUCAGAUAACAAUGAAGAUUUUUCCGCAAGUGAUGGAUCUGAAUAUGAACCACCGCAAAAAAAGGCACAAAAAAAGUUUUUCAGCCAAUUCGUAGAACAUCCAGUUCUAGCAGUGAUUCCUCUACCUCUAGCAGUGGUUCUUCCAGCUCAAGUACCGGAUCAUCUAGCUCAAGUUCAUCUAGCUCUGGCAGUCGUUCCAAGCACUCUAAAUCUACAUCUCGCUCCAAACAUCCUUCUAAUGUGUCAAUUGUACAUCAUAAUGCAGCUUCUGAGAAUAUUCAACCAAGCAUUGAACAAGCAAGUAUUGUAACAAAGGCUAAAAAAAGAACCAGAAACCCAAGUCAGUGGCAAAAGAACCAGAGAAAGCAAUUAAAAAACACUGGUCAAGCAUACACAUCAUCUAGAGGUAACUAGUAAUAAGUGGUAUUACUAAUAAUGAAAUAUCUUUUUAAUUUUUAUUCUAUUAUAUAGAAUCUUAGUCCUUCCGACAACACAGACAGAUGUGUUGCUGGUGAGUUUGUUCUUCGCCUAUUCUUUUCAUCAGCUAUAACACCUAGGAACUGGCGAAAGGGGGCGCUUUGGUGGCUGUCUAAUGUAAUUAUUGACUUUCAAAAAGUGCUGAUCUUCAGCCUAGUUUGAAUAAACGUAUUUUCUUUCUUUCUUUUUUCAGGUAAAUCCAUGCCGCAAAAAAGUAUUCGACCACCUUGUACGAGUACCUGCCGAUUGUCUUGUUCAAAUAAGUUCACCACAGAAGAUAGGGAUGUAAUAUUUAAGACAUACUGGGGCCUUAAUUCUUUUCAAAGACAGCGUGACUUCUUCGGUACAUUGGCUAUAAGUAAUAAACCACUACGCACUGUAACUGAAAAUAAAUUUGCAAGCACAAGUGUAAUUCCAACGGAUAAACGCGGUAAGCACGGAAAACAGUCAAAGUUGGAUGCUGAAACAAUACAAUCUGUACGUGACCACAUUAAUUCAAUUCCUAGAAUGGAAAGCCAUUACAUCAGAGCUAAUUCAUCAAGAGAGUAUAUAGAUGGAGGUUUGACUGUAGCCGAACUUCACCGUAACUAUAGUCAAAAACGUAUAGCUGACAACAAGGCACCAGCAAAUUACGACGCAUACCACCGGAUUUUCAAUACCGAAUUUAAUAUCAGCUUUUUUAUUCCGCGUAAAGACCAAUGUGACGUGUGUGAGGCCUUUAAGAAUGCUGUAGAUAAAGAACCGUUGAUGUCCAGCUAUAAACUACAUCAAGAGGAAAAGAGUCUUAGUAGAAUAGAAAAAAAACAAGAUAUAGACGAGUGUAAAAAGCCUGAUAGCAAUAGCAUUGUGGCUAUAUUUGAUCUUCAAGCCGUAUUGCCUUGUCCUAUAGGUCAAUCGUCGGCAUUUUUUUAUAAAAGUAAACUUAAUUGCUAUAAUUUCACAGUAUCAGAUAUUAAGAUUAAUAAAACAUUCUGCUUCUUUUGGCAUGAGGGUCUGGGUAAACGAGGAGCCAAUGAAAUAGGUUCUUGUUUGUACAAUUUUUUAAAAGAAUGUUCUUCGACUAAACCAAAUUCAGACAUAACUUUUUUCUCGGAUAACUGUUGUGGCCAACAAAAAAACAAAUUUAUUCUUAGUUUGUAUUAUUAUGCCGUUUCAACCUUGCCAAUUAAAUCCAUUACACACAAGUUUCUAAUUCGUGGACACACGCAGAACGAAGCUGAUAGCGUCCACUCUGUAAUAGAGAAAAAUAUUCGUCGAGCAAAAAAAUCAGGGCCAAUUUACACCCCAGAUCAAUAUGUGGCUCUAAUUCGUAAUGCUAAAAAAACCGGUAACAGUUUUACUGUUAAUGAAAUGAGUUUUGAUAGUUUCUACGAUUUAAAGUUACUUUCUAACGAUAUUAACUUGAACACGGGCAAGAAUAUUGACGGCGAAACAAUCAGGAUUUCUGAUGUCAAAGUCGUGAAAUUCAUUAAAGAUUCUGAUACCUAUUUGUACAAAACCACGUAUAAAAGUGAACGUUGGAAAGAAGCUAAAAUUAAAAUUAGUCGUGCAGGCAAAAAAAAUAUCUCAGAUAUUCAAUUGUGUGCGGCAUACAGCUCUAAGUUACCAAUUGCGAACAAUAAAAAGCAAGAUAUUCAACAACUAAUAACUGCUAAUAUAGUUCCAAAAUAUUAUGAAAACACAUUUAAUAGUUUAUUUGAAUAAUAACAUCUUUUUGAU